UGUUGUAAUAACGUGUUUUUCCACCAGGGGGAACGUCUCCAGCGCAGUGGGAGGACAUCACGGGCACUACUCCGCUGACCUUCGUCAACGACUGCGUCUCCUUCACCACCAACGUGUCUGCCAGGUUCUGGCUGGCGGACUGCCAUCAGGUCCCCGACACGGUGGGCCUGGCCAUGCAGGUGUACCGGGACCUGAUCUGCGUCCCCUACAUGGCCAAGUUCGUGGUAUUCGCCAAGAUGAACGACGCCGUGGAGUCGCGGCUGCGCUGCUUCUGCAUGACGGACGACAAGGUGGACAAGACCCUGGAGCAGCAGGAGAACUUUGAGGAGGUGGCCCGCAGCAAGGACAUCGAGGUCCUGGAGGGGCGUCCCGUCUUCGUGGAUUGCUAUGGCAACCUGGCACCGCUGACCAAGGCGGGCCAGCAGCUGGUCCUCAACUUCUACGCCUUCAAGGAGAACCGCCUGCCCUUCUGCGUCAAGGUGCGGGACAACGGCCAGGAGCCGUGCGGCCGCCUCUCGUUCCUCAAGGAGUCCCGGGGCGCUAAGGGCCUCGCGCCCACCGCCGUCUGCAACCUCAACAUCACGCUGCCCCCGCUCAAGAAGGAAAUGGAAUCAGAUCCCGAGGAUGAGAACGAAAAGCCCGAGAGACGCCAUACCUUUGCCUCCCUAGCCUUACGUAAGCGCUACAGCUAUCUGGCCCCGCCUGCACUGAAGAGCGCGGUUGAGCGCGGAGCAGCAGCGAGAACACUGCCUGCUGGUCACCCUCACAAACCUGUCUUUCCAACCCGACCUUUCUCCGCGUGGUCGACUGCUCCUAUUACCGUCCCUGGUCAAACGCGGCUCGUCGGACUGGGGGGCCCCGGGCCCCGUAGCGCUUCGCCAACAGGCUCGCCAGGUUCUUCUCCACUGAAGUCCUGCUGGCCCCUGUCCUCCCCCUGCCCCAUCUCCCCGGCGUCCAUCAGAACCCUCCUGGGAGCCCCGCCCCCGGUCCCCUACACCACCUCCCCGGUUCAGUCCCCCGGUGAAGCAGCAUCCUCCUCCCCCAUUCGGACUUAUAGAACUAUGGCGUCACCCAUCAAGACAGUGGUCCAGCAGGGACAGUUCCCAGUGCAGGGGUCUGCCAGCCUGGUGUCCUCUGGCUGCCCGAGCAAACAGGCCACCGACCCGGCCUCUAUCAAAAGUCUUGCUUCCGCUUACACUUCGAGGACUUCCCCAGUGCACGCCUCUGCCAGCGGCUCUGUGGUCGACAGAUCGCUGGCCGCGCACAGCACGCCAACGUCUCCAAAGACGUCUGUGAACAUGUACAAUUCUGGUCUCCCUUUUAAAUCUGUCCUAGGUUCCACACAUACAACCGAGGCAGGGUCGACGUCUCUCUCUGCUGCUAAAUCCAUCUCCAGUUUGUCCUUAAUGCAAAGUUCUGUCGACUCAACCCUAGCGUCCCAUGGAGGGAGAUCUACAGUCUCCUCUCUCUCAACCGGACAGACCACAAUCGCCUGCUCAGAUUUUUCGACUCUGAACGGAUCCCAAUCACCCGUAAAAUUCCCAUCGUCUUCCUCCUCGCCAUCCUCGCCUUCCUCACGCCUCUUCUCCGACAGGAGUAGCAGCCUCCAGGACAGAAUCCAGGCCACCACCCAGGCGGCAACCUCCAGCGCCAGUGCAGCCAUAAACGAAGCCAUAAACUCGUGCUCCGCCUCAGGCUACGGCACUCUCAAAUCCAUGUCCUCCACACAUAGAUCUGCAGCCUCCAGCUCUGCUUACGGCUCCUAUAGAUCUGCAAAUGCCAGCUUGCCAGCGUCCUCCAGUAGCACGGCGGUACCAGUGUACUCCAGUAGCAUGACCGUACCAGUGUACUCCCUCGUCAACGUGCUGCCCGACUCCCCCGUCAAACCAGGACCAGGCUCCCUCAAAAUGGCCCUGCCCGGUCCUUCCCAUGCGGGCAUGCCCUCGUCGUCUCUGACUUCCUGUGUCACCUCGUCUAAAAUCAACUCUCAGCUGAAGUCCCCUCCGUUCAUCACGCCGCCGGUCAUCCACACGACGGCAACGUCCAACCAGGACAUACUGAGGGACGUAGCAAACAUGAAGGAGGAUCUGAUGCGUAUGACCGCCAUCCUGCAGACAGACACACAUACAGCGGCUAAAACCGUGCAGACGUCUCACAGCGGAACCCCCAAAGAAAUGAGGUUAGAGGAUGAGGAGCCGUACACUUUAGUGGAAAAGGUCAAGGAGGAUUUAGUGAAAGUCAGUCAAAUAUUACAAACAGAUAUUUUAAUGGAAGGUAAAGCAAGGGCCACUAAAAAGAGAGGUUUGGCCGAUGGGUGGGAGGAAUUCUCUAAUGGGGAGAUUGAGGAAGCACAGAGAUGCUCUCUGCCAGAGUACAAUCCUCCUUUUGAUGCAAACACUCAACCAGUCAGGCCCCAGUCUGUGCCAGUCAGAGACUUUGACUUGUCUAGGGUAAUAGAUUACCUAGCCAAUGACAUUGGCGCUAGCUCUUUGUCUAAAAUGGCAGAGGUCAGAAGUAGGCUGGAGGAGGAAGCAAAGAUAGAAGAAAAACAGAAGCGCGUUCUGAAGCCGGCCAUGUCCUUACAGGACCACAAGCUGAAGAUGCCUCCGCCUGGGUCGGGGAUGCGCACCUCGCCCUCAGAGAAAGACCUCAGUAAACUGGCAGAGUCCUACCAGACGGUGGACGCGCCCCUGGAGUCCCCUGAGGACCUGUCCCACGAGCAGGAUAAGAGCCCCCUGUCAGACAGUGGCUUCGAGACCAGGAGUGAGAAGACGCCUUCUGCGCCUCAGAGCGCAGAGAGCACCGGUCCGAAGCCCCUGUUCGCCGACUCCCCCAUCCCCCCCUGCGUCACUGAGACCAGAACAGAGGUCCACAUCAGGAGCUACGAGCAGCCAGAUGACCUCUGUGAGCCUUUGCUGGUGGAGGAGGCUGCGACGGCUUACCCCCGUAUGGAGUCAGACAUGGCCUCUCCCAGCCCCCUCACGGACAGGGUCAAAGCCCUUCAGGUCAAUAUGUCAGAGGAGGACUCAAUGAUGAGCAAAAGCAUGUGCCUAAAAGAGGAAACUCACAUCACGACCACUACUAGAAUGGUCUAUCACCAGCCCCAGAUAGCUGAAGGAGCAGACAUGAUGGAGGAGUCGAUGUCCGUUCGAGACAUCAUGAAGGCAUUUCAGUCAGGUAGAGAUCCAUCGAAAGACCUGGCGGGCCUUUUUGAACACAAAGCCAGCCAGGAUUCUGUCAAAGGAGAUGAACUCACUCCACGGUUUCUUGACAAAGACACUAAAUCCAAACAGAAGGUGGAGAGGAUUAUAGAGGUUCACAUAGGAAAGGGCCACAGCGCCACGGAGCCGACCGAGGUCAUCAUCAGAGGGAGCAAGAAGCACCCAGAGCUCUACGCUUACAAAGGCGACCGCGGCAUCAGGGAGCUCAGUGAUUAUGACCAACAGGAAGAGGAGGAGCUGACCGCAGAGGAAGCCUUGCCCUCCUUCCUGGAAACCUCUCGUGUGAACACCCCACUGUCGCAUGAAGAAGACAGCCGCCCAAGCUCUGCUCAACUGAUGGCAGACGACUCGUACAAAGCUCUGAAGCUUCUGAGCCAGAAUUCCAUAGAAUACUGUGAUGAUGAGCUGUCAGAAAUCAGAGGGGAGUCCUACAGGUUUGCAGAGAAAAUGCUUCAUUCAGAGAAACUAGACUCAUCUUCACAAUCACCCUCAGACACAGAGGAUUCAGCCAUGACGGCCGACCAAACCCAUGGCAGCGCAGAGGCCAUGAGUCAACAGCAGGGAAGCCCCAAAAAGCAGUUUUCCUCCAGGACCCCAAAAGAAGGGUCUCCUAAAUCAGGGAAGUUCUCCUCCAACAGAGAGGAACAGGCUCAGUUUGAUAAAGUGACUGUGCUGCAUUAUUCAACAGAUCAGGGCAGCCCCAAACACGCCGUGUGGAUGCGGUUCACAGAAGAUAAGCACGAUAGGAGCAGAGACAACCUGCUCUAUGAGGACAGAGUGGACAAGACUGUGAAGGAAGCUGAGGAGAAACUGAGUGAAGUGUCACAGUUCUUCCGUGACAAAACAGAGAAGCUUAAUGAUGAACUUCAGUCCCCUGAGAAGAAACCUAUGAGGAGGUCCGGGCAGGGUGCCCACUCUGGGCCCAGCUCGGCCGGCAGCAGUCCUGAGAGGAGCCAACACAAGCUCCCGGCAGGAGAAGGCUUGAGUAAAAGCGAUGUCAGGGAGCCGUUUGUGAGCAAGAUGUCCGGUAGCAACGCUUCAAGUGACAGGAAUGGCUCUAGUUUACCCAGCAGUCCGGAGCGAAGUGUGUUUUCACGCCUCAGUGAGAGUACAGUUAAACCCCCUAGUAAGAUCAGCGAGCCUGCUCCGUCGUCUCCGGUGUCGGGUAAAUCCACAUCGAAGGUCAGCUCUGUGAGAAUGAAGUUUGAAGCUGAGGCUCAGAAACAAAGUCAGCCUAGUGCAGCAAAGAUCCCUCCCCCAGUGCAGCCCAAACCCUCGGUGAGCAAACUUCCUGUCUACCAGCUAUCAGGAGCAGGCCGGACCACCAAGGCAUCUGAAGUCUCAGGGGACAGUAGCCCACCUACUACCAGGGAAAUCAGUAAGGCAACAUCUCCCACCCUGAAACCAAUUGAGGACAAGCGGUCCAACGUUUCAGACGCAUCCCUGAAAAGAAAAAUGAGUGAUGCUGAAACUGACAAAUCUAUAUGUAAAGGCAAAGACAAUGUCGCUUAUCAGCAACUUAAAGAAAUUAAAGAUAAGAAAGCUCUGGUAUUACCAACUGCCACAUAUGACACGAAAAACGAGAAUUACCAUGAAGCUCAAAAGCCCCACCAAUACACAAAAGUUGGAAGUGUCUCUAAAAAGGUUGAGGCUGAGGUAUUAAGAAAAGACAGCGAAAAACCGGUCAACCAAAACAUAAGACAAAAGUCAGAAUCUCAGAUUCCUAUUCGAGGAGUCUCCUCCCCAGCUGAUAUUGAUCUUCAAAAGAAACUAACUGUAACCAAACCGUCCCAGAUACCAACAUUAGCUAAGAGCAGGAUAGAGACGGGCCCUGAGACAACCCUGCCCCUAAUGGAUGAACAUCUUACUAACAACACAUUUGAGAUUUUAGAUAAUGCCCCCAGAGACUCCAACUCAAAUAAGCUUCCAAGUCCUGCAGAAACACUAGAAAAGAUCAUCGGCCCCCCGAUGACUUCAAUGACCAAAGACAACUUCAAGGGCAUCGAAACCCUCCCAGUUUAUGCAGGUGUCCAGUUGGGCAGACAAGCAGAAAGAGAGGCGAAGGGAGGGCUUUACACGGUAAAACAGAAGUCCUGCAUGGCCCUCAGCCCCAUCAGCCCAGACGAUGACACCCUAGAGCAGGUUUCCUUCAUGGACAGCUCUGGGAAGAGUCCGCUCACUCCAGAGACCCCCAGCUCUGAGGAGGUGAGCUACGACCUCACAGCCAGGACCCCCGAUUGCUUCGGAGACUUUUUACCAGGGAAUACCAGCCCUAUAAUGGAGGUUUCUGAGGAUUCAGAGGAAGACCACUGCAAAUCUAGUUUCUCUUUUAAAGAGGCCUUACCAAGAAAACCAGAUAGUAAAACCAAUCAAGCCGAUGUUUAUAAUUCUAAUCAGGAGCAAAAGAAAGCGAUAGACAAUCAGACAGAAUCAGAAUCUUAUUUAAACCAGCAGGAUACAUCAGACAACGCAAAUGAGUACAAGACAGAGCAAGAGCAGCAAACUGUAUCUAAAGACAAAGGUGUUGCAUAUAUAGAGUUUCCACCUCCUCCCCCUCUCGAUUCAGCCUCUGAACAGUCAGAUGUGGAGAGGAAAGGUUCCUGUAACUCUUCAGGAACUGAGACGGAGAUGAUGGAGGUGAACUUGCAGGAAGAGCAUGAUAGGCAUCUACUGACUGAGCCAAUCAUACGCAUCCAGCCGCCCACCCCCGUGCUCACAGAUGCUGAUGACAGCCAAUCAAAUGCUGAGGAUGACGACGUGUCAGUCUUCCAGCCUGUACCUUAUAAGCAUUCAACCCUCCCUGAAGAAGAGAAGGUCAAGGUGGGUUCCAAACCCAAAAAACAGGACAAAAAUGGGAACAACAAAGAACCCAACGGUGGAACCGAGGGAACCAACGGCUCCUACGGUUCCGAUGGUUUAAAUGGCAAAGAGGGAGAAGAGGGUGAUGGUGAACAGAACGGGAACGACCAGUCGAUCACAGACUGCUCCAUCGCCACCACCGCUGAGUUCUCCCACGACACGGACGCCACGGAGAUCGACUCGCUGGACGGGUACGAGCUCCAGGACGAGGACGACGGUCUGUGUGAGCAGGCAGACUCUCGGCUGUUCGGCCUCCCGGACAGCAGGAGGGACGUCUGGGCGACCGAAUCCUUCCGCUCCACAGACAGGUCCUUCCCCCCCACCAAACUAGAAGCCAUCGAGGAGGAGAAAUCUCCAGAGGAAAUUGUAAAGAAUGACUCUCAGAACGGCUCCCCCUCGGUUGGGGAGAAGACCGAGGACGUUUGUGAAGACGCGGAGAAGAAGCCCGCGGACAAAGAGGGCUUCUCUGACACUUACUUUAGCUAUAAACUCGAGGAAGAAUUUAACUCCACGUUCAAGACGGUGGCGACCAAAGGGCUGGACUUUGACCCCUGGCCUUCCAAAGGCGAGGAGGACGUGGUGGUGGACAUGGCGGAGCCCAGAGACAUCAACGACGAGCCCAAGCCUUUCGGACUGGCCGCCGACGAACACUCACAGAACACCACGCCAGACACCACCCCCGCGCGAACGCCCACCGACGAUAGCACGCCGACAAGCGAGCCGAACCCCUUCCCCUUCCAUGAAGGGAAAAUGUUUGAGAUGACACGCAGCGGUGCGAUUGACAUGAGCAAGAGGGACAUGGUGGAGGAGAGGCUCCAGUUCUUUCAGAUUGGCCCACAGAGCCCCUGUGAGAGGACGGACCUCCGGAUGGCCAUAGUGGCGGACCACCUGGGACUCAGUUGGACUGAGCUUGCCCGGGAGCUGGACUUCUCUGUGGAGGAGAUCAACCACAUCCGCGUGGACAACCCCAACUCCCUGACGGCGCAGAGCUUCAUGCUGCUCAAGAAAUGGGUCCACAGGGACGGCAAGAGCGCCACCACGGACACGUUAACUGCAGUGCUGACUAAGAUCAAUCGUUUGGAUAUUGUGACUUUGCUGGAAGGGCCUAUAUUUGACUAUGGUAACAUUUCAGGCACACGGUGUUUUGCCGAUGCUAACGCAGUAUUCCUGGAUCAGUCCGAUGGUAAAGUGUAGCCCCACCCUAGCUGAACUCUCUCAGUCUGUCUCUCAGUCUGUCCCUUCACCAUUCUUUACUGCCUUCUCUCUCAGCCAGAUAGACGGAUAGAGUGAUAUGUGUGUGUGUUACCGAUAUGUUAAAUGCCACAGCCUAUCAGGACUUGACAAACAGCAGCGGCAGACAGUGACAAAGAACCUAGCUGGCUGAUAGUCCGCCAGUUAUCCAAACUGUAGACAGAGGGGGGGCUUAGACCAUGAUAAGAUGGAUUCAGCCUCACAGUGCUCAGUGUCGACCCUCCUCAGACACCUGGCUUUGCUGGGCCAGAGGCUGGGUUACAGAACACACACUAGGGGACCCACCAUGGAGAAUCCUCUCUAGUGUAGCAGUCAAUAGUAAAGAAUCAGAUAAUCACAAAUGUACUAAUCACGUUAGGAUUCAACAUGAUGGAUUGAUUGACUAAUUGCUUGUUUGACUAAUAGCAUGAUCCUCAAAUGUGUCUCGUAGCCCAUCGGGCCUUCUUCUGGUUGAACGCGAGACGGUUCACUGAUGGGCUAGAGACCGGUUCAGCAUUAGUUACUGUUUGAUUAUAUCUGAAUUAAUUAUAUUUUCACAUAUUUCUACAUUAUUAUUAUUAUCUAUCGGAUGAUUAUAGCAUGUUUGCUUCAGCGGUUUGUCAGUAUCUAUCCUUUUUUCCCUCUUCCUCUCUCACUCUUUCUGUCAUGAAAAUGUUCUGUGCAAGUUACAAUCGUCCUUAGGACCGCCCAGUGGAACCAGUACAACCAUUAAACCCUCCCACUGUCUUUAAUGGGUCUUAUUAUGAAGGCCUACAUUUGGGUUUGAGUAAUUAACCCUGAGGGUGAAUAGAUGUUUUAGUAUUCCUUGUAACUAAAUAAGGACAAGGAAGGCAGCCCCAAGCUAUUUGACAAGAGUAAGCUACGUUUAAAUGUAGCAUGGCUAUAGCUUGUCUUCUGCUAAGAAGAGAAUGUUACAUUCAUACACUUUUAAAAGGGUGACACGUCUCCACAAUGUAGUCUGAGUUCAACAGGUCAGCUGCUGUUGUGGUGGUGAAGCCCUCUUUAAAAGGCGCUAGCAGUCUGGUGUUAGUCUGUGUCGUGGCUGGUAGCUGUUAGCUGUCCGCUGGUAGCUGUUAGCUGUCCGCUGGUAGCUGUUAGCUGUCCGCUGGUAGCUGUUAGCUGUCUGCUAGUAGCUGUCCGCUGGUAGCUGUUAGCUGUCCGCUGGUAGCUGUUAGCUGUCCGCUGGUAGCUGUUAGCUGUCCGCUGGUAGCUGUUAGCUGUCCGCUGGUAGCUUGUCAUCCUCCUGAGAGCCUCCGAGCCUCCUGCCUCCACGCUGCCUCAUCGUAGCAUCUCCUGCUUCCCGCUGGCGUCUCUCUGCUCCUCCUGCGCCUCCUCAUCCUCCUCCUCAGCCACUAACUCCUCCGAGCUUCUUCUAACCUCCUAACCCGCGACUCGAUCACCCAUCCCCUGUGGGCAGAAGACCUCCUCCCCUCCCUUCAUCCGCUAACUCAGGCUAACCUCUUUAUGCUAGCUCAGGCGCUCGCGCGCGGCUACCUCCCACAGUCAUGUGCAGCCUCCUGGGAGCAGCCUGAAGACGCUCCCAGCUACCGCCCACCUCUCUGACUGCGGCUAACGCGCGGGGCUACAGGUUAAUCAUCGGGAGCUCUCAUUGGGUCCAGCUGUUGUUUCCCUUUAGCAGAGAAACAAA